AGCCGCUGCCUCCCCCGCAAGAAAAGCCCGCGUCUUACCUCCACCUGCGCUCCCACUCGCGCCUAUCCAAUCCAUCCUGCCCCCCGUGAGUAGUGGCGGGAGAAAAGCCGCCAAUACUCGCGGAUCUCCGCCGCAUUGCCCCCAUGCGCUCCCCCGCGUGCGUCAGCGACCCCCAGGAUGAGCCCCGCGCUUUACCCCGCUACGGCGCUGCCGCUCGUCCUCGCCCUCGCGCUGCUGUCUCCCUGCGCGUGCGGCGCUGCUGCCACGCCCGCGGAGGCCGAUGGGCGGCGAUCGUGCCCCGUCGCGUCUGAGUGCUCCCCACCCGCCGUGCUUCACGGUGACAGCGCGCCGCAUGAGGAGACUUAUGCGCCGAAUCAUUCCCCCCCAUCGAUCUCUUCCCCCCUCUCCCCUCCUCCGCUUACCUCCGCGCCUCCCGCCACCGCAUUCCGCCCCGCUGCGCACUCGUCUCCCUCUCCCUGUCCCCCUCAUCCUGUGGCCGGCCCAUCCGAGUCCCUCUACCACCUCCUGGCGCUCCCGCGCACGGCGUCGUGGGAGGACGUCCAGUCCGCGCACGACGCGUGUCUUGCCACCUGGUGGCGCGCUGCAGCCGCAGAGGCGCCGGAAGCCAGUCAGCGGCGAGCCGUGCAGCUGGAGCAAGCGUACCGGGUGCUGUCCAAUUCCAGACUGCGACGCCUGUACGACGUGUUGGGGGAAGAUGACGUGGCACACGCCGCCUAUGACGUGGCAUUGACGGGUGGUGGUGGCAAUGUCGGGCGGGCGGAUGAGGAGCGGACUCAUGGUGGCACAAGUGAGGGCAUGCACCCGGACUGGACGUGCUGUGAGUGGUUGGUUGAUCGCAGCAACGGCGGUGGCGCUGGCAGUGAGGGCAGCGGGCACAGUGGCAGGGAGGGGCAGGGCGAGAGUGAGCGGUCAGAGUGUGCACGCCAUCCCCACCACCACUCCCUGCCUGCCGUCUGCUGCUCCCCCUCUGCUGCGCACCAUCUCCCCCACUCCCUCCCUCUCGCCACCACCUGUGCUGCUCGCAUCUUCGACUCCCUGCUACCCCUCUCCCCCCACGCCACUCUCCUCCGCCCUUCGCCUGCGCCUCUCACAGCCACACACCCCUGGCUGCGCGCAUCCGUGCCCAUCACAGCACGCAACAUAGUGGACCGGGUGUUUGCCAGUGCGCACCCCUGGCUGCUGCUGCUGUUCUCGCGCUCCUCCCCGCGCUCCCUGGCGCUGCUGCCUGCGUGGUCCGCCCUGGCCGUGCAGCUCAAGGGCAUUGCGCGCCUGGGCCACGUCGAUGCAGGCGAGCACACGCAGGUUGCAUUGCGCCUGGCUGAAAGGACCUGCCUCGCAGCUAAGAGGCUCUUCGCUGCCGGCCUGCCCGAAGUUGUGGGGCGGCCAGCUGGGUGCCGCCACGUGGACUGCCUGGUGCGGCUGAGGAGACGAGCGGGCAGGAAGCGAUGGGUGGGAUGGGUGGCGGGCAGAGCGAGGGAGGAAGAAGAGGAGGACGAUGGUGAGGGAGACGAGGGAGGAGAGGGAGGCACGGAGGGGAGAGACGAGUUGUUGAUGGGUGAUGUGUGGGGAAAGGGCAAGGCUGAUGGCGGUGGUGGAACGGUCAGCAAGGAAAGCAGGGCGGCGAACGGAGCAUUGUCUGCAGACCCCCUAGCUCGUCUUCGCGAGUUUCUGAUUGCAUCAGGGGAGGUGCUGGGACAUGCAGAGGCAGCCAGGGAGAGCGACAGUGGUGCUGGGCGCACUGCUGGCACUGCUGCUGCUGCUGGUGUGCCGGAUGUAGGUGGCGAUGGUGGUGAGCGUGGGGAUGCGGACGAGAGCGGUGGUGAGGGCCGCAAGAGCAACGGUGCUCGUGCACCCACUGCCGCCCCAUCACCCACAACCCCCUCACCACCGUCGCACACUGCAAACCCCGAAGCCCCCACACAUUCAUCACCCUCUCUCCUCUCCCUCCUCCACCUCUCCCCCUCGUCCCCCUACCACCAUCUCAACGCUCCCCCUCCGCCCCUGCCCUCCCUGCGCCAGUUGCGCCGCUUUGCCUUCCUGUCCCUGCUGCGCGUGCCGCCCAUCCCCGUGGUGCCCCUGCCACACCUCCCCGCACGCUUCUUCCGCCUCGCCCCAGACCGCCAGGUGCGCUUUGUGCUGCUGCUGCCACCUGGGCGCCGUGCCGCAUCGCUGGAGGCGCGCUAUUGGGCGGGCAGUAGCGUGGGGCUCGUGGCGUGGGUGGCAGUGCCAUGGCAGGAGGGCGACGCGGCUGCGUGGCAGCGCUGGUGGCGCGUGCAGCGGGCGCCCGCGCUGGGCAUCUACCGCGACCCGGGGGUGGCGCCCAUGGUGGUGCAGGGCCCGCUCAACUCCACCGUCCUGCGCCACGCCCUGCAGCGCUUCGCCUCCUUCCUCCUGCCCCACCUCACCGCCUCCUCCGCUGCCCGCCUUGCCUGCGAUCCCUCCGCCCCCUCGGCCCCCCCGCCCUACUUCCUCACAGCGCUGCUCUCGCCUCCCAGGGAGGCUGGCCAUGGUGCCAGGGCUGGGAGCGACGGACAGGGAAGGGCAGCGGGGGCCUGGAGGGCCAAGAAGGAGAGGGCGAGAUGUGAGGCAGGGCGCGCUGCUGAGGGAGGGGGGGAUGGAAGGAGGAGGGUGGCGAGGGAGAGGGAGGGGCGCAUGCGCACGAGGUACUGUGUGGUGGUGGUGGGCACACCAUCGCCUGCUCUGCAUCGAGCCCGUGCCGCCCUCUUGGACAUACAGGAGGCCGUUGCCGUUGCCGUUGCCGCUGCUGCUGCCGCUGCUGAUGAUGGUGAUGAUGAAGAUGAUGGUGCUGCUGCUUGUGAUAUGGAUAAUAGUGAUGAUAGCGAUAAUUAUGGCAACGGUGGGGUUGAUGUGAAGGAUUCUGCCGUGGCAACAGCUGGCAGUGCUACAGAUGCUGCGUCUGCCACACCUGCUGCUGCCCUCCGUGCUGCACACGCCACGGAUUCAUUGACAUGCGCAGCUGCGACUGGUGGUGCUGCUGCACACACAACGGCAGGCAGAGGCGGUGGGGGCACAGUGGCAGCGGCAGCGGGGUUGCAGCAGGAGGCAGUAACGGCGGCAGCAGCGCAUGGAGGUGACGCAAGGAGCAUCCCACCGGCCCUGCUGGCAGCAGCAAGGGAGGGGCGGGUGGCCAUGGCGUGGCUGGAUGGGUCGGUGCAGGUGCAGUGGUGCGCGUACAUGCUGGGCUGGCACGGCGCGCAGUGGUGCCAGAAGCACGGGCGCCCCGCUGCUGUGGGCGCCUUCAUGACCCGCAUGCGCUGGGGGGGUGCGGGGGACAGGGGGCAGGGGAGGGGGAAAGGCGGGGAGAGGAGGGGGGAUCGGCGAGAAGAGGUGGUGAUAGGUGAUGGGGUGAGAGAUAGUAUAGGAUUGGACGAGGGGGGUGUGGAGGCAGGUGAUUGGGAUGAUGGGGAUGAUGUUGAUGAUGAAGAUGAUUAUGAGAGUGAGGGUGAGGACGGCAGUGAGCGGCAGCGUGGAAGCAGGCCAUGGGUGGUGGUGUCGGUGUAUGGUGGCGUGGUGGAUGGCAGCAACCGCACGGGCAUGGUGGAGUGGAUCAACCACGCGCUGCACACAGGGGACGCAGCCACGCCACAGCCCUCGCCACAGCAUGACAGCAAGCAGGGGAACACCCACGGGGACAGCAGUGGGGACAGCAGGAGAGCAAGUGGGAACGCAGCUAAAAACUUAUUGUUUGGUCUGGGUCCAUCCGUCCAGCCACCUCGACUGAUAGACGAAGAUGCCCCAGGCAUGCUCCAAUCCCUGCACCACCUUGCCCUCUCCUCGCUCUCCUCCCUGCACUCCUCCUCCACCGCCGCCCUCCACCGCUUCCUCUGCUCCUACCUCCUCCGCCCCUUGCUGCCUCUGCUGCCCGCUCACUGGCUCCAUGCGGCAGCAGCCGCUGCAGAAUUAGCGCGUGAGGUGGUAGGUGCUGCUGUGGCGGGCGGUGCAGCAGUGGCAGAGGGCGAUGGAGGCCUCCUGAGAACACUGGCUCUGGCCAUCGCGGCUAGGUACGCGCUCAAGAUGGUGCUGGCACACAGGCGGGCAGGGGGAAGGGGGGAUGGUGCGAGGGAUACGGCAGGGGGGAGAGAAGAGGGGAGUGGGAGGAAAAUGGUUGAAGGGAAGAAAGAAUGGCGACAGGCGAAGGAGCAACCGAGGGAGAAGGAAGGAGGGAUGUGGAGAGAGGUGAGAGGCGGGGAGGGGAGAAGAGAAGAGCGAAGAGGAGCAGGAGAGGAAGGUAAUGAGCCGGGUAGAAGGGUGGGUUGAGGUUGUGAGUUGUUGACGAGUUGACGCAUGGAGGUGGAAGGAGUGGGAGUGGAUGCUGCAUGUAUGUUGUCAGAAGAUGCAUGGCAGCAACGCAUGGGGAUUGCUGUGAAGCUAAAGCUGUAGUGUGAACUCUGAAUAUAUCAGUCAGAAACGUACCUCUGUGGAGUGAGGGUAGCUGCACAGGGCAUUGCUUCACUAUGCGUA